CUUGUGAUCAAGACCAAUUUUGAGGCAAGGCAAAGUAUGAGGUAGGAAUAAUAUAACAGCAAAUUAUGGGCAAGGAUAUGUAGAGAUUUAGGCAAGAACAAGGUUAUGCAGAGGCAACCAAAAUCGAUUGCUCUGAUACCAUGCCAAAUAUAGUGUAAUUGAGAGAGUUGAGAAUGUAUAAUAAGAAGAACAAGAUAGGUUUUGCAGAGAAUUCAAAUCUGCCAAUUGAGUUUCUUACUUAGUGAAGGGUUAGAUAUACAAGUAUACAAGGUGAUUAUUAGUUACAAACAAUGCACAAGACAUGGAGGGAAACAUGGAGAGUUUCCAUCCCUAAAACAAGGAAUAUGAAAACAAGGAAAAGUAACAAGGUGGUAGACAAGCCAUUUAGGGAUGUCUAUGUUUUGUCUUUGACUUUACUAACAAUUAUAGGCUGCAAAAUGCAUGAUAUUGUGCAUGACUUUGUACAGUUCCUCACCAAAAAUGAAUGUUUUAUCAUGGAGGUGGCGGAAAGUUGCAAAGAGAAAAACAUGAUAGUCCAUAAUAAGGUUCGUCAUUUGAACAUAAUGUCAUACAAUUAUUCGUUUCUUGUUUCAAUUUACAAUUGCAAAGGAUUACGGACUUUGGUAAUUUCUACUCCAGAACUUCCUCCAUUACGCUCAGACUUAUUUUCACAAUUGAAAAGCCUUAGAACGUUAAAGUUGAAUGAAAUCUCAAUCAAAGAAGUUCCCGAAAGUAUUGGUGGACUAGUACAUUUGCGGUAUCUCGAUUUAAGUGAAAAUGAAGAAUUGAAAGAAUUACCCAAUUCUAUGGGUAAUUUAUUCAAUCUGGAAACAUUGCUUCUCAUGAGGUGCUUUGGACUCAGAGAACUGCCGGUGAGCUUAAGAAAGUUGGUUAACUUAAAACAUCUUUAUAUUGAGGAGUGCUAUGUUCUAAAAGUACCAAAAGAGAUUGGAAGAUUAAGAAAUCUGCAAAUCUUAGAUUUCUUGUAUCUUCAACACGGUGGCAAGCAUGAUGAAGGAAUUUUCAAGUUAGGGGAUUUGGGAAACUUGGAGCAGCUUCAAGGGAGCCUUUGUAUAAUAAACUUGAAGUCAACGAAAGAUGGGAGUGAGGCUAAAAAUGCAAAAUUGGUGAACAAGAAGAACCUCCUUCAUUUGAAACUAGAUUUUUGGCACGACUAUGUUUUAGAUCCGGAGAGAGCUGAGGCGGAUUCAAAGGAUGAAGAAAUACUGAAUGGCUUUCAAGUGCAUACAAAUCUGGAGUCGUUGGCUAUCUGGAAUUACCAUAGUAACACCUUGUGUCCCAGUUGGAUGAUGAGCUGUCAUAAUGUGAGAAGGCUUGUAUUCUAUGAUGUUCCAUUUUGUGGGGUUUUGGCUCCUCUGGGAAAACUUCCAUCCCUUGAAUAUUUAGAGAUAAGUGGGAUGAUGAGUGUGAAAAAGGUGGGAGUUGAAUUUUUGGGAAUAACAGGCGAAACACCACAAACAUUAAUAAAGUUGUUUCCGAAAUUGAAAAAACUCCAACUUCAUGACAUGGAGCAGUGGGAAGAAUGGGAAGGAGUAGAAGAAGAGGAUUCUAAAAUUACAAUAAUGCCAUCUCUUUUAUACUUAGAAAUCCAGUACUGCAAUAGGCUGAAAGCACUGCCAAACUUCCUAUGGAAGACCCCGCUGCAGGAAUUGAGCAUCUCGGAUUGUCCGAAUCUUGCACAAUGGUUUGAGACGAGAUGUGGAACGGAGUGGGUGAAAAAGGCGUCUCAAGUCCAAAACAUCAAAAUUAAUGGCAAGUCUCUGAAAAAAAGAUUGAUGAUGGGGUCUGCCUAUCUGAUCCACCUCUUGGGCUAAAAUGGUAUAAACACAUUCCUUAAUGAGUUUUCAUCAUUCUUUGAUCCUGUGGAGAAUCAACACAGUCCUUGGGUCUUUACCAAGUCGUUUCUCCAGAUGCACCUAUCUAUCUAGUAUGUUUCUGUUCGCAGCAUUGACAGGGAAGAAGCAGAAGUGGAUCUUAACCAAUCUCUGUUAGCAGAACCAUCUCAAGCCAAACACCUUCCGUCCAGAGUUUGGAUAGAGUCCAAGAAACUAUGGCGAGUUGUGGGUCCCGCCAUCGUCAGCCGUUUGGCUGGCUACUCCAUGGGUGUUAUUACACAGGCCUUUGCCGGCCACCUCGGUGUCGUUGAACUCGCUUCCAUUUCCAUUGCAAACAAUGUCGUCCUCGGCUUCACUUUCGGUCUCCUGCUAGGCAUGGCAAGUGCGCUAGAGACACUAUGUGGGCAGGCUUUUGGGGCAAAGAGGCACCACAUGUUGGGGAUAUACCUACAAAGGUCAUGGAUUGUGUUGUUUUUCUGCUGCAUUCUGCUGUUACCUAUAUACAUUUUCGCCUCUCCGAUCCUGAAACUGUUAGGACAGGCCGAUGACGUGGCGGAGCAAACUGGGGUGGUGUCUUUGUGGCUUCUCCCCUUGCACUUCAGCUAUGCGUUUUUGUUCCCACUGCAGAGGUUCUUGCAGAGCCAGCUGAAGAACUUUGUGACUUUGUGGGUUUCCUUGGUGGUUUUGGUGUUUCAUGCCUUGAUAAGUUGGCUUUUUGUGUAUGUUUUGGACUUCGGGGUUGUGGGUGCUGCUGUUGCUUUGGAUAUCUCAUGGCGGGUUUUGUGUUUUGGGCUGCUUGGCUAUGUUACAUGUGGUUGGUGUCCACUAAGCUGGACUGGUUUCUCUAUGGAAGCCUUUUAUGGGCUUUGGGAAUUUGUCAAACUUUCUACUGCUUCUGGUGUCAUGCUCUGUUUGGAAUUCUGGUACUAUAGAAUCUUGAUAUUGAUGACUGGAUACUUACAGAACGCGACUCUUGCUGUCGAUGCCUUAUCAAUUUGCAUGACUAUAAAUGGGUGGGAGCUCAUGAUUCAUCUAGCCUUCUUUGCUGGAACGGGAGUAAGGGUAGCAAAUGAGCUGGGAGGUGGAAAUGGUCAGGCAGCAAAAUUUGCCGCAAAAGUUUCUGCUGCGGAAUCCACCUUAAUUGCCCUAUUCUUCUGCAUACUUAUUAUUAUAUUCCGUGAUCAGUUUGGGUACAUAUUCACUUCCAGCACUGAUGUCCUCCAAUCAGUUAGUGAAAUGUCUUACCUCUUGGCAGUCACAAUUCUACUCAACGGUGUUCAACCCGUCUUAUCAGGAGUGGCUGUGGGCUCAGGUUGGCAAGCAUGGGUGGCAUAUAUAAAUCUUUUCUGCUACUACAUUAUUGGGCUCCCACUUGGAUUUGUAAUGGGAUGGGUCGCCAACUUAGGUGUUAUGGGUAUAUGGGGUGGGAUGAUCCUUGGUGGAACUGCUGUCCAAACAGUGCUGUUGGCCAUCGUGACAACACGACGUGAUUGGGAAAAGGAGGCUCAAGAGGCCAGCCAGCGUGUAAAUAAGUGGUCAACUCCUAACCCAGAUGAUCAAACAGAGGAACAACAAUAACAGCAUAUUUGAUUCUUAUCGCUACAUGCACACACUGUGAGCUUACUCAAUUUCAAGCAGCACAAGAAAAAACAGAAUAGAUUAACAUAAAAUUGUCUUGCCAUUCCCAUCAAACCCAUAUUUUCCCAACAUUUUGGUUUUUUUUUUUUUUUUUUUUGGUUACUUUGGGAGGAAAAAAAUCCUGGAAUUUUGAUCCUGGAUGCCAAGCAGGAAGAAAGAGGGAGGGCCGCAACAACUGUGGUAAACCCUCGACAUGGGUUACAUUUUGGUAACUGUUUUAUUUUUUGCAAUGUUGUGCAAAAUGCAAGCCACAUGGAUGCGAUUUAA